CAGACGUCGAAUGUUCGUGUACACACAACAAAGCCGGCAUUAUUGAUUGAAUCUGAGCCCGUUUUUGUCACAAUUCGGCAACAUGCCGUCGGAGUGCGAUGGUAUAGACUCCCCAACAAGUCAAUGUGGCACAUUCGUUGACACGCGCGCUUCACCCGCUGCUGCCUGCACUUUGCGCGUGGUUGCCUCACUUUAAUCGUCACAUUGUACGCCCGGGCGCCCGAGCGACGACUGCCAUUUGACGAGUGCCCGGCAAUCAUAAAUGACAGACAUGCGAAUUGUUUGAUAACUUCCAAGUUGAUCUCGUUCAUCCAACCCAACGAAAUCGCAACGACACGAGACAUAUUUGACGUUGAGCGCAUCGUUUAGCAUCGCAUCGCAACCAUGGCAAAUGACAAAAUGGAGCUUGACGUCUCAGAAGCCCAGAAAGAGGAACAACUGAUGUACGGCCAUGGCUCUAUGACCGAAAAAGAACUCGACGAAAAAUAUCCCAAUCGACCACAUAACCACUCCAAGACAUUGCCAUUUCACGAUUUAUUCCUCACAUUGUUCAAUCCGCUUAGCGAAAACAAGAAGAAGCCGGCUGGACCGAUUGUCGCACGACGUAAAGUUGGUCCUGAUGGAGCGAUCCAUGCACCCCACGAGAUCCGAAGGAGUAUCAUAGAACGUUUCAUCGGACGAUGGCGAACGCAAGUCGGCAGCGAUAUCUACCCUGCCCUCCGCCUAAUAAUUCCCGACAAAGAUCGUGAUCGCGGAAUGUAUGGAUUGAAAGAGGCAACGCUGGGAAAACUUCUUGUCAGCAUCAUGAAAAUCGACAAGAACAGUGAAGAUGGCUACAACAUUUUGCACUGGAAGUUGCCGGGCGUCAAAUCUACAAGUGUCAUGGCGGGCGAUUUCGCAGGUCGUUGCUAUGAAGUUAUCAGCAAGCGACCGAUGCGCACAGCCCCGGGCGAUAUGACCAUUGCAGAAGUCAAUGGGCUUUUAGAUCGUCUCUCGGUAGCGCAAAAGGAGGAGAAUCAGCGGCCAAUAAUGGAGGAGUUCUACAAGCGCAUGAAUGCCGAGGAGCUCCUCUGGCUGCUGCGAAUGAUCUUACGCCAAAUGAAGAUUGGCGCCACUGAAAAGACAAUAUUCGAUGUCUGGCAUCCAGAUGCGGAGAACCUCUUCAACAUAUCGAGCAGUCUCCGCCGAGUUUGUUGGGAGUUGUCAGACCCGCAGCUGCGACUGGAGGGUGACGAUUGCAGCAUAUCGCUUAUGCAGUGCUUCCAACCACAAUUGGCCGCAUUCCAAAUGCGGUCGAUGGAGCAUAUGGUAUCGAAGAUGAAUCCCACGGAGUCAGAUCCGGUGUUCUGGAUUGAAGAGAAACUUGACGGCGAACGCAUGCAACUACACAUGAUCGACGACCCAAACACCCCGGGCGGCAAGCGCUUCGGAUUCUGGUCACGGAAGGCCAAGGACUACUGCUACCUCUAUGGAUCUGGGUUUGAUGACGAAAAGGGUGCGUUGACUCGACAUCUCAAGAGUGCAUUCUCAGAUGGUGUCCGCAACAUCAUCCUCGAUGGUGAGAUGAUCACAUGGGAUCCGAAGGAAGACGCAAUAGUUCCAUUCGGCACUCUCAAAACCGCAGCGCUUGCCGAACGCGAGAAUCCCUACGCUACAGGCAAUCGACCUCUCUUUCGUAUCUUCGAUUGCUUAUUACUGAAUGACAAGGAUUUGACGAGGUACACUCUUCGAGAUCGACGCAAAGCACUCUCAGCAAGUGUGAAGGACGUCCACCGUCGAUUCGAAAUUCACGGCUACCAAGAAGCACGGCUUGCAUCCGAAGUUGAACCGGUGCUUCGUCAGGUUGUAGCAGAAGCCAGUGAGGGUCUGGUCUUGAAAAAUCCACGCUCACCAUAUCGUCUAAAUGAGCGCAAUGACGAUUGGAUCAAAGUCAAACCGGAGUAUAUGACCGAAUUUGGCGAAUCUCUAGACUGUGUGGUGAUCGGUGGGUAUUAUGGCUCGGGAAAGCGUGGCGGAGCUUUGAGUAGUUUCAUGUGUGGCCUCAAAGUUCCGCAGGCCCUGCUCAGUCAUGGUGUCAACGAGCAAAAAUGUUGGUCUUUCUUCAAAGUCGGCGGCGGAUUUGCGGCAUCCGAUUAUGCCGAGAUCAGGCAUCGGACUGAAGGAAAGUGGCAUGAUUGGAAUGCCAGAAGACCGCCAAUUGACUGGAUAGAGCUGGCUGGCGGCGAUCGCCAGCACGAAAAGCCUGAUGUCUGGAUAAAGCCCGAAGAUUCCAUUAUCCUCUCAGUCAAGGCUGCAUCGGUUGGUAGUACCGAGUCGUUCCGAACUGGAGUCACUUUACGGUUCCCCCGCUUCAAGAAGUUACGUACGGAUAAGGACUGGAAACAGGCACUAUCGUUCGAUGAGUUCAUUCAGCUCAAGAGCCAAGUCGAAGGUGAGAAAGAAGAGAAAAAGCUCAAAAUUGAUGAUGAAAAGCGACAGAAGAACAGACGAAAGCGUAAGCGGGCAAUGGUCAUUCAGGGAAAUGAUAGCGAGGUCAAAACCCCAUAUGCUGGACCUGCGACAAAAGUUUUCGAAGGUCUUAGCUUCUUUAUCAUGACUGAAGCGCCCAAACCCAUCAAAAAGACGAAAGCGGAAGUCGAAGAAUUGGUCAAGGCGAACGGUGGCAAAGUGGUCGCUUCGGAAAAGGAUCCUGCAACCAUAAUCAUCGCGGACCGCAAACUUGUCAAGGUUGCUUCGCUCAUCAAGAAAGACGAGCGAAAUCUGAUAAAACCGUCUUGGCUGCUCGACUCCAUCGCACAGAACGAGCGCAAUGUCAACCGUUAUGGCUCAGUGCUACCUUACGAACCUAGUCAUAUCUUCCAUACUCGAGCUAGUGAUCAGGGGAAGUUCGACAACAACGUCGAUGAAUAUGGUGAUAGUUACGCUCGCGAUGUGACGGCUGAUGAGCUCCUCGAAUUAUUCAAGACCAUGCCCUCUAAAUUCGAGGACGAUUUCCAACCUGACGCCCAGGGAGUAUUGGAACAGCUCUUGGCCCACAACGAGGAGCUUGAUGUACUGCCUGGCUGGAUGUUCCACGGCUUGACAGCCUACUUUCACAAAUCUGUCCCUGCCAAUCUCAAGCGAACUUUCGCGCUCGCGGGCGGCAAUGUUGUCGAAUCACUUCAAAGCUCCGAUCCUAUUAGUCAUGUUAUCGUACCGGCUACGGUCUCAUCGGUAAGCGAUAUUCGCAACAUCGCAGCUACGAGAAGGCAUAUUCCACGGAUAGUUUCAGCUGAAUGGAUCAAGCAAAGCUGGCAGGAGGAGACUAAGCUUGACGAGGAUUUGUAUCAAAAGUAAGAAUUGAUUUAGAGUAGGGAAAAAUCUUUUUGGGAGUGAUAUAUGACAUGUGCGCUAGUGACGCCCCGAAGACAACAUGAUGAAUUGCAUCGCGUGUUUCGUCGUUGCUCUGUA